UUGAAAUUUGUAGAAAGGAAAGAAAUGAACAGAAACCCUCCCAAAUCCCCUAUGCCCAGUUACUUUAAUGGGAAACAGUUACUUAUAAUUUCUGUACAGAAACCCUCAGAAAUCCCCUAUGCGCAGGGGAAGGGGUCGAUCAAGCUUCGCUCUUCACCGGCUGGCUCGCUGCUUGAUCUUAGCAAUUGAGUAAAGAGAACUGACAAGUGAUUCAUAAUUUCAUAGUGCUUUUGGUGCUUGGAGUUGUGGCAAAACCUGGAAAGGGGAUUUUUAUAGAAAUGGUUCAAGGGACAUAUACAAGCACUUUAGCAACAUCCAGAUGCUUUGGUUUUUGCGGACCUACAUGUGUUUCACGGAGGUUUUUUGGACAUUGUAGUGAAGGCCCAAAAGUGUUUGGUGUGGGUAGUCAAUCUGGUUGGCAUUCAUAUGGAAAAAGAACAAUUAAUGUUAGACAUACUGAUAUUUCACAUGGACGGAAUUGGAGAGUUGAAGCUGGAUGGCUGUUUAAAGGGGACAUGCAGGAUUCUGCUAGCACUGAGCGAAGCGAGAGUGCCAAUGAGGAUAUAUUGAUGUUUUUUUUCCAACUGGAUUUGGCAACACGAGUUCAGUGUGCUCUGAAUAUGGAGCAAUACGACAUUGCCCAGCAACUAAGAAAUAAGCUCACUGAGGUUGAAUCUGCAAUUAUAAAGGAGCAAGAAUCUAGACGAGGAUCAGCCUCAGAGGGUGAAGUUCAAGAUUUGGCUAUUAGUAUCUUGCGCUUGCGUGCAGACCAGCAGAAUGCUGUUCAAAGUGAAAACUAUAGUUUGGCUGCCGAUAUUCGAGACCGAAUUUCCAAAAUUGAAGCGGAAUCUCUGGCUGCAUCAGUGAGGGCUCAAACUUAUGGAAAUGAUUAUUAUGCAUUCCGUUUGGGUCAGAGAGUGAAGCACAAGGUUUUCGGAUAUUGCGGUGUUAUAUGUGGGAUGGAUCCGGUGUGCUGUGAAUCAAGUUCAUGGAUGGAAAAUGCCAAGAUUGACAAGUUGUCUCGUGGUUCUGAUCAGCCAUUUUAUCAGGUGUUGGUUGAUGUCUCUGCAGACCCAAAUCUAUUAGUUACAUAUGUGCCAGAGGAGAAUUUGGAUGCCCCAAUUGAGUCAAACACAAACAGGUUUGACCAUCCGUACAUUUCCUUGUUAUUUUACGGGAUGGAUGCUGCCGGAGAUUUCAUCCCUAUCAAAGAGCUGCGAGAGAAGUACAAGAUGCCACGGCAUGAGGUGCCGUAUGAUCAAGAAGAUGAGAAUACUGGAGAAGAUGCUUAAAUGGCUGCAGGAUCAGAGCUUCUUAAUGAAAUGCAUGUUGAGGAGCUCAAGUAGUGGAAGUGUUAGUGUAAAUUAUAUUUCUUCCUUGAGAAUAGUGAAAUUAAGUACUACAUCUGCUUUGAAAUUGACAAAAAGUGGUUCAAAGAUUAAAUGGUAUGAAUAUAUGCAGGCAUAUUUCAAAACGUGAGCCCCCC